AUGGGCCCUGCUGACGAUCGGGACCGUGACCGCAGCCACCGCAGCCGCGAGCGCUCCCGCUCCAGGUCGCGUGACCGCUACCGUCGGCAGAGCAGCCGCGAACGGGAGCGGCCCCGCGAGCGGGAGCGCGACAGGUCGCGAGAGCGUGACAGGGACCGCGACAGGGACAGGGACCACCGGCGUAACCCCAGAGGCAGGGAAGAGCGCCGCCACACCCGCAGCCGCACCCGCAGCCCUGCAGACCGUGACCGGAGGCGCAG